AUGAAUGAAGCAGAAGAAAUAUUAAAUAGAAUUAAAAACCACAAAGGAGUUAUAGGAAUUUUAGUUAUAAAUAAUGAAGGGUUAAUAAUUAAAAGUACUUUUGAUCAACAACAAUCUGAUUUACAUGCUUCAUUACUCACACAAUUGUCUAAUAAAGCUAGAGAUGUCAUUAGAGAAUUAGAUCCUCAAAAUGAUAUAAACUUUUUACGUCUACGAUCAAAGAAGCAUGAAAUUAUGAUAGCACCUGAUAAGGAUUAUACACUAAUUGUAGUUCAAGAUCCGUAUUAUGAUAAAGAAAAAAAUUAA